AUGAAGGCCACUUUCUUCCUCACUGUUGCUGCUGUUCUCGUCGCCGCUGUCUCUGCUCAAUCAGGCUCCCAUCAACACGCUAACGGUGGACACCGCGCGGAUAUUAAUCAGGAAGUUAAUGGUGUUGGCCUUGAAGGUCGCGUCAGUGGUCUCUUGAACAAUCUUCUCAAAGGUGGUCUUUUGGCUGACGCCAGCCAGGGUCACCAUGUUGGCCAGGAUGCAUUUUAA